GAUAGACAAACACAUCAUACUACAGUUCAUAUACUUAGAUAGAUACUUAGUUGACCUUUGUCAAAAACUACCUACCUAGCUAUUAUGUCAUUCGCCAUGCUUCCUGCUGAGCUUCGAAGCUUGAUCUGGGAAUUUGCACUCCCUAAACCAAGGUUCCACCUCAUCAAAUCAAACAAGAUGACAACGAAGAAAAAUAUUCCUGUUCUCUUUCAGAUAAAUCAAGAAUCUCGCGAAUUUGCUUUGAAGCAUAUGCCACUUAUUUUCGAUGGUACUAAUCUUGCUGGUUGUGACGAUUAUCAUUUCAAUUAUUUCAAUCCAAGGAUUGAUACACUCUGUCUUUAUGAUACCUCUGACAAUUUCAAAUUCUUCAUGGGCCCUUGGUAUUGGCAUGGUAUUCCUGAAAUUGCACCCAUAAAAGAAUGCGACAUGGUCAAAUCCAUUGAAAUAAAACAGAAGAACGGAUUUAGAUUGCCGCUGGUCUCUAAAACGGGAUACUUUCAAAACCUCGAAAGACUGGUCGUACGCUUUCAAGAAUCUUUUCAAUUGAAUACUCGAUUGAACGUCGGGGGCCCAGCUGAGCAUGCAAACAGGAUAGUAGACUUAGUGGUCCAGGAUUCCCGACCUUACUACGCAUUUUUUCGGCGACAGGUAGCGGAUGGAAAGAUAGCUGUGAUGCCAGAUAUUGUUUUCAUCCUCACACGAUCCGAUGUUCGUUUCAUUUUGUCUGCUGGGGUAUCAACCCUCGAGUUUUCUGGAACUCGGACCGUCAUGAACAAGGCUGUUAAGGAACUGUUCGACUAGAGAAUAUCAAAUCAAUCUUGAAAAUUUGCAAUUGAAGAGAGCAACUUGUAUUCUUAGACAUUACGCCCCCCCCCCCCUUUCAAAAAAAAAAAAAAAACAGAAAGUAAAUUUGAAAAUUGAUAGGUUCCUCUAUUCAAGGUUCAAAUCAGCAGAUAUCGAUAGAUCAGAAGAAGCCGAUCAGAAUGACGAUUUCUUAGAAGCAACAUAAAUAACCAUACAUUAAUUAUAAGCACCA